GCCAGAUGAACAUCCUUCCAGACAUUCCUUUGGACUACAUGGGCGGUGAGAUCCCCCUAGACAUGCGGCUCGGGGGCGGGCAGCUGGUGUCAGAGGAGCUGAUGAACCUGGGCGAGAGCUUCAUCCAGACCAACGACCCGUCGCUGAAGCUCUUCCAGUGUGCCGUCUGCAACAAGUUCACCACGGACACCCUGGACCUGCUGGGGCUGCACAUGAACGUGGAGCGCAGCCUCCCCGAGGACGAGUGGAAGGCCGUGAUGGGGGACUCGUACCAGUGCAAGCUCUGCCGCUACAACACCCAGCUCAAGGCCAACUUCCAGCUGCACUGCAAGACAGACAAGCACGUGCAGAAGUACCAGCUGGUGGCCCACAUCAAGGAGGGCGGCAAAGCCAACGAGUGGCGGCUCAAGUGCGUGGCCAUCGGCAACCCCGUCCACCUCAAGUGCAACGCCUGCGACUAUUACACCAAUAGCUUGGAGAAGCUGCGGCUGCACACGGUCAACGCCAGGCACGAGGCCAGCCUGAAGCUGUACAAGCACCUGCAGCAGCACGAGAGCGGCGUGGAGGGCGAGAGCUGCUACUACCACUGCGUCCUGUGCAACUACUCCACCAAGGCCAAGCUCAACCUCAUCCAGCACGUGCGCUCCAUGAAGCAUCAGCGCAGCGAGAGCCUGCGCAAGCUGCAGCGGCUGCAGAAGGGCCUUCCGGAGGAGGAUGAGGACCUGGGGCAGAUCUUCACCAUCCGUAGGUGCCCCUCCACCGACCCCGAAGAAGCCAUUGAAGAUGUUGAAGGGCCCAGUGAAGCGGCUGCUGACCCCGAGGAGCUUGCUAAAGACCAGGAGAGUGGAGCCGAGAAGGACCAGAGCAAGUGGACAGGUAGACCGUGUGGCUGCCCUCCAGCCCCCGGUGUUUCUCCCCUGGCCGAGUGA